AUGCUUGGCGAAAACAUUCGACGUGAAAAUACGGUUGUAUUUUCCGAGAAGCGCUCAUUCACGGGUGCUGUUGUCAACCUGAAAAAACUCUUCAAGACUGUUAAGCGCAUCUUUACUCACUCGAAACCUGCGAACAUGGCACCGGCUGAGAUCGAUGGCGAAUCGUCGUUUGCUUCAGAAGAGGACCUUCAAAAUUGGCUAAACGAACAACUUGAAGCCAAGGCAAUGGCGCUUCACUAAUUGGAACCACGAGCUUCACGAUCAACCAAUUUGGGCAACCUGUGAUGUGA